AUGGACUUCGCCCAAUUGACGCUCCCUUACGACUCUUUCGGCGGCCUUUCCCCUUUUAAACGCGCCCAAGACCGCAUAGCUAAACAAGCUAAUAAAUCAAGGCGCUCGGUUGACUUCGACGUCAAUGAUAAGGUUUGGUUAGAUAUGCGCUCGUUCUUUACCUCCCGACUAUCAAAAAAGCUCGAUAACCUUACGAACGGACCGUUCGAAGUUACCGACAACGUUUAUAGCAGCUUCAAACUCAAGCUCUCUGAGUCAAUAAAGGUUCACCUAGUCUUUUACCCCGGACGGCUACGAAAAGCUCUUAAUGACCCUACCCCCGAGCAAAUCAUUCUUAAACUUGACCCGAUUAAUAUCACUAGCGAACUUAAGUACGAAAUAAAGAACAUCUUAGCCGUGCGCUAA